CGCUUCCGCCUCCAAGUGGACGACGGCAAUAGAAACGACUUGUAUCUCGUGACGCGCGUCGAGAAGAGCUCGUGUCACAAACAGCAGCACCGGGAGCCGCUGGGAUGGAGCGCGCGCCCGCUCUACGGCGCCGACUCCCAACUGCUGCGCGGCCCCCUCUCCACCCCUCUGUUCCGAUUGGACGCGAACCGCAUAUCCGACGAAUACAUCCAAUCGUGUUUAAACAACCACUCGUUGAUGCGCACAACAAUUGGGGCGCAGCUCGUGCUGGAGGUGGACGACGCGGACUGCGCAGCCGCGGCCGUGGAGAGCCUCGCGCCCGACGUGCAGCCCAUCGCGCGCUUCCUGCACGCGCUCUUCGUGUUCCCGCUUUCGCUGAAGUACGACUCGCAGCGCGUGUUCCCGAAAGCGCGAAACAUCGAGUGCGAGCUCCAACUCAGGGAUUCCGACGCCGCCGACGCGCGCCCUCUGGCGGCGCUGCUGUGCGACGACGCGACGACGCUCGGGACGUCGGCGACGACGGCUGUCGCGCGACACAACGCGAACCCAGAGUUCAACGAAGAGUUUCUGGUUUCGCUUCCGAUCGCGAGGAAAGAGAAACUUCACCUAUUGUUCAACUUCUUCCACAUCUCGUGCAAGAAGGAAUGCACGCGCACUCCCGUGGGUCACGCCUGGCUCCCGCUGCGCGGCCACGUGACCAGCCAGCAGGUGGCGCUCUCUGUGUUCGGCUCUCUUCCCGCCGGUUAUCUCUCGUGUCAGGCGCUCGGAUUGGGCAAAGGGCUGUCGAUGCCAGACACGCGCUUCGUGGCCAAGGACGCCUUCAAGGUCGCGCUCAGACUCUGCUCUUCGCUCCAGUCACGUGACCCGAGCCUCGAGGCGGCGUUGGAGACGUUCGCGCGCAUCAACCGCGAAGAGUCCUCUGCCGUCCGAUUGGUCGCUUUGGAGAGCGCGAGGAAACACUUGAAAGCGCUGCUCUCGUGUGACGUCACGGAACUGAUUCGCUUCUCGCCAAUCAUUUUGCAGCAAAUCCUCGAACUCGUCGCGCAUUCGUCCGACGAUGACGUCACGCGCGCCUCUCUGCUCACUCUCCUCCGAUUGGUUGACGCUCUGCAGCACCGCUCUGACGUCAUCGUGGACUUCGUGGAGCAGACGUUCACUUGCGAUCACGUGAUGGACGCGUUCGACGAACGGCUGUUGGAAGCGUUGGAGAAGUUGUUGGCGAGCGUGAAAGAGGAGGAGGAGUCGAAACUGGUGUUACGUCACUUGUGGUUUUUGUUCAGAAUUCAAAUCAAAGCCUUUAUUCAACGCAAACACGAAUCCGCGCGCAAACAAUCACAACACGUGUUGCGCCAAUGCGUGAGUCACGUGACCCAUUUGGUGACCAAGUUCUCGCGCUCGGAGGAGAGUUUCGCGGCGAACAAGAGUCUGGCCGCGUUCCUCGCGCGCCUUCUGUCCUUCUAUUCGCUGAAAUGCGUCUUUCAAUGCGUCGACGCGCACCUCAAAGCCCUUCUCUCGCGCGACGUCCUCUUAAGCGAUCUCAGACAUCACUUCCUGGCCAUCGUUCUCGCGCACGAACACCACGUGACCAUCAACCAGCAGUCGCCACUCUCGCUCGCGCUGCUCUUCCGCGAACUCAAACACGCCUUCAGCCAAAGCGUGCGUCACGUGAGACAACAAUCGGUGCAACUUUUGCGCAACCUUUUGGCGAAACACGCGUUCGACGCGCGCAACGCGAGCCUCGCCGAAGUGGUCGCGCUCUACACGCCGGCGCUCGACAUUCUCGUCGAUCACAUGACUGUCGGCGACAUGAGUGACGACAGACGACACGCGCGACACCAGUCGUUGUCGACGACACGACACGACGCGUCGUCUUUGGACGAAACGAAAGACGCCUUGAUUUGCGUUCUUUUCAUCGCACAACACGUGACCCAACAAUACGUGCAGUCCAUGUCCGCCCAGCGCGUCGAGCGCCUCCUCGUCGUCAUGGAGACGGCGAUCCAGAGGUUCGCGUUCCGCGAGGAGACGAGCACUCGCGCGCAAACGCUGCCGCACGCGCUGCACGCGCAGGACUUGCGUCUCUUUCUCUCCCAACAGAACCUUUCGGUCGAAACGGCGAUCAUUGCGUUGCGAGUGUCGCGUCUCGCGCUCCACAGCCAACCCCACGACGAUGACGUCAUCAGAACUGUCGUCAAACUGUUUCUCGCGCUCUUUCUCGCGCACGAACACCACGUGACCAUCAACCAGCAGUCGCCACUCUCGCUCGCGCUGCUCUUCCGCGAACUCAAACACGCCUUCAGCCAAAGCGUGCGUCACGUGAGACAACAAUCGGUGCAACUGUUGCGCAACCUUCUGGCGAAACACGCGUUCGACGCGCGCAACGCGAACCUCGCCGAAGUGGUCGCGCUCUACACGCCGGCGCUCGACAUUCUCGUCGAUCACAUGACUGUCGGCGACAUGAGUGACGACAGACGACACGCGCGCCACCAGUCGUUGUCGACGACACGACACGACGCGUCGUCUUUGGACGAAACGAAAGACGCCUUGAUUUGCGUUCUUUUCAUCGCACAACACGUGACGCAACAAUACGUGCAGUCCAUGUCCGCCCAGCGCGUCGAGCGCCUCCUCGUCGUCAUGGAGACGGCGAUCCAGAGGUUCGCGUUCCGCGAGGAGACGAGCAGUCGCGCGCAGACGCUGCCUCACGCGCUGCACGCGCAGGACUUGCGGCUCUUUCUCUCCCAACAGAACCUUUCGGUCGAAACGGCGGUCAUUGCGUUGCGAACGUCGCGUCUCGCGCUCCUCAGCCAACCCCACGACGAUGACGUCAUCAGAACUGUCGUCAAACUGUUUCUCGCGCUCCUUCACGAGUCGCAGAGCGAAGCCAUUGUUGUGCUCGCGUUCGAGAACAUCGCGCUCUUCGCGCACGACUUUUCCCAACAGUUGUUCGCAUUUCACGCGCUCUUCUCGCAAUUGGUCGCGAAGAUCGUCGAGUUCUGCGACUGCGCGCUCAAACCCAUCCGCGACUCUGGCGUCGACCUUCUCUUCAAACUGUUUGUGGAGAACUUCAAGAGAACGCGCUUCGAGACCAUUGUUUGCGUCUCGCGCCUCGCCUCCAACCACGCCAAGGACUUGACGCGAUUCCAGGCGUCGCUCGCGCGCAUCCAAUUGUUGGCCGAACACGACGACGAGUUCGCGCGCGACUCCCGACUCACGCAGACGGUGGUGCGCAUGCGCGACAUCUUGAAGGCCACGCACCGCAUUCGGACGGAAUCGCGGAAUCCGUACGAGAACUGCGAGCUGCGGCUCUUUCUGGCCAACUCGUACGCGCAGACGUCGUGGUCGUUGCGGAGGACGUGGAUCGAGAACCUGGCCGAAGUGCACGCGCGCCACGGCGACUGGCCAGAGUACGCCAUGUGUCUCGUGCACGUCAUCGCCAUCGUCGUCGAGCAGUUGCGCGCGCGCGGCCUCCACAUCGACGACGCGCGCCAACACGUGUCACGUGUCUCUCCCAACGUGUCACGUGACGACACGCGGAUCGAGAGCGACGAUUGGCUGGAGACGGAGGACUCGAGUCACGUGACGCCCGAAGCGCUGGAAACUCUGAUCGACGACUGCGCCGACAGUUUGGAGAAAUGCCAACUCUUCGAAUUGGCGCCACAUGUGCUCAAAGUGAUGAUCGCGCGCUUCGAAGCGCUUCAAAACCACAGGAAACUCUCCGCGCUCUUUCAGCGCAUCGCAAGAAUGCACGCGCGCGCCGCAGAAGCCGACGCGUCCGGCCGACGCCUCUUCGACACGUACUUCCGAGUGGCGCACUUCGGCGCGCAGAACCAGGAGUACGUGUACAGAGAGGCGAAAGUGAUGUCUUUGGCGGAAAUGACGCAAAAGUUGCAACAACUCCACCCUGGCGCCACCAUCGUCUCCGACUGCGACUCCGAUUGCGUCACCGACUCGGCCAUCGUCGUCACGCACGUCACUCCGUUCGCGACGCACGCGCGCAACGACUUCGAGCGUCACGUGAACGUCAAUCGCUUCCAAUUCGAACAACGCAUUCGGCGCGAGAACGACGACGACAGCGCGUCACGCGUCGCCCAACAAUACAAACGGCGCGUGGAGUUGCAGACCUCCAAUUGGUUCCCCUUCUGUUUGAAACGCAUUCCCGUCAUUGAGAGGAAGGAAACUGUGUUGACGCCGAUAGAGGUCGCGAUCGACGAGAUGGAAGCGCGCGUGAAGGCGUUGGAGCGCGUGACCAGUGCUGCCAACGACGUCAAACACCUGCAACUCGUGCUGCAGGGCUCCGUCCACGUGACCGUCAACUGCGGGCCCAUCGCCUACGCCAAGGCCUUCCUCACGGCCGAACCGGAAGUGGCCACUGAGGCGGAGACGCGGUUGCGGGCGGUGUUCGCGCGCUUCCAGGACUUGUGCGAGAAGGCGCUGCGCGUGAACGAGCGGCUGAUCAAAGAGGACCAGAAGGAAUACCACGUGUCGCUGCGCACCAGUUUCGAGAGCUUCAAGCGCGAGCUCGACCUGCGCGGCGACGACAAGCGGACGUCGGUGCAGAUCUUCGACGUAAUUUCUGGCUCUUCGUUGGCGUAA